CAGAGUUGCUUUUCUCCCUGGCGGGCAGGUACCGGAAACUCUGGUAGCUCUCCAUAUCCCAGCCACAGCUCCAGGAGCCCAAGAUCGGAUUUGGAGGAAGAGUGGGGAAAUAGCAGCUGCUGGAGGCAGAGGAGACGUGGGUUCUGGAAUCUGUCCAGGAUGCUCAGGACAAUGCCAUCCUCCACCUCAUGGGGGCUCCUGUUGCUGGCAGGCCUGUGCUGCCUGGUCCCCAGCUUGCUGGCUGAGGAUGCCCAGGAGACAGACACCUCCAAACACAAUCAGGAGCUCCCAGACGGCCACAAAAUUGCCCCGAACCUGGCUAACUUUGCCCUCAGCCUGUACCGGGAGCUGGCCCAUGAGUCCAACACCACCAACAUCUUUUUCUCCCCUGUGAGCAUCUCCACAGCCUUUGCCAUGCUCUCCCUGGGGACCAAAGGCAGCACUCAGACCCAGAUCCUGAAGGGCCUGGAGUUCAACAUCACAGAAAUAAAAGAGGCUGAGAUCCAUGACAGUUUCCAGCACCUCCUCCAAUCCCUCAAUAGGCCAGACAACAAGCUUCAGCUGACCACAGGCAAUGGCCUGUUCAUCCAGAAUGGUCUGAAGCUGGUGGAGAAGUUUCUAGAAGAGGUCAAGAACCAUUACCACUCAGAAGCCAUCUCAGUUAACUUUGUAGACUCUGAAGAGGCCAAGAAGGUGAUUAACAGUUAUGUGGAGAAGGGAACCCAAGGGAAGAUCGUGGAUUUGGUGAAAGACCUGGACAAAGACACAGUUUUCGCCCUGGUGAAUUAUAUUUUCUUUAAAGGCAAGUGGGAGAAGCCAUUUGAUGCAGAGGAGACAAAGGAGGCCGACUUCCACGUGGACAAGUCAACCACAGUGAAGGUGCCCAUGAUGAACCGCCUGGGCAUGUUUGAUGUGCACCACUGCAGCACGCUGGCCAGCUGGGUGCUGCUGAUGGACUACCAGGGCAAUGCCACCGCCAUCUUCAUCCUGCCCGACGAUGGUCAGAUGCAGCACAUGGAGCAAACACUCACCAAGGAACUCAUUAGCAAGUUCCUGAGCAACAGGCACACGAGGUCAGCCAAUUUACACUUCCCCAAGCUGUCCAUCUCUGGAACCUAUGAUCUGAAGGCGGUUCUGAGCCGACUGGGCAUCACACAGGUCUUCAGCAACGAGGCCGACCUCACAGGGGUCACAGAGGAUGCUCCCCUGAAGCUCAACAAGGCUGUACAUAAGGCUGUGUUGACCCUGGAUGAGAGAGGGACAGAGGCCGCAGGGGCUACUUUUCUGGAAGCCAUCCCCAUGUCUGUGCCCCCUGAGGUGACUUUUAACAGGCCCUUCACUAUUAUAAUCUAUGAUCGACACACUCAGAGCCCACUCUUCGUGGGGAGAGUGGUGAACCCCACACAAUAAAAGCUACCCACUGAAGUUACCGGCCUCUCCAGAUUGGAUCCCCUCCCUGAUGACAUUAAACACAAGCUGCCUGGCCAGUGCCCGAGCACAGCUGCAAAUCUUCUUCCA